AUUUUUGUGUGCGAAAAGCGGUCGGUCGGUCAAAUUGUGACGGGACUUGACACGAAACUUAGUGGACGCCUUUUAGUGACGUGGCCAUUAGGCAAAAUAACCGUUUUUCAGUCCCAGUCAAUAAAAGUUGUGCAAGAAAUAUGAAGAAUUUACUGCUUCUGAGCAUUUUGCUUUUAGCAGGCAUAAGCCAAAUUGUCGCUGAAAAAAGCCCUGCUGAAGAUGGCAUUGAAGAAACAAUUGAUUUGGAUUUGGGCUCAUUUAAAGAAGGUUCCAGAACGGAUGCCGAAACGCUUAAGCGCGAAGAAGAAGCGGUUCAAUUGGACGGACUGAAUGUGGCGCAACUGAAAGAAAUACGCGAAAAGGCGGAAAAGUUUACAUUCCAAACGGAGGUGAAUCGCAUGAUGAAGCUGAUUAUUAAUUCGCUGUAUCGCAAUAAGGAGAUCUUUUUGCGUGAGCUGAUCUCGAAUGCUUCCGAUGCGAUUGACAAGAUUCGACUGCUGGCGCUGACAGACAGCAAGGAGCUGGACAGCAAUCCCGAGCUGCUUAUACGCAUCAAGGCCGACAAGGAGAACAAAGUGUUGCACAUUCUCGAUUCGGGCAUUGGCAUGACGCAUAAGGAUCUCAUCAACAAUUUGGGCACAAUUGCCAAGUCCGGCACUGCCGAUUUCCUCGCCAAAAUGCAGGAUCCCAGCAAGGCGGACGGUAUGGAUAUGAAUGAUAUGAUUGGACAGUUUGGUGUUGGUUUCUAUUCAGCAUUCCUGGUCGCUGAUCGUGUGGUGGUCACCACCAAGCACAACGAUGAUAAGCAGUACAUCUGGGAAUCAGAUGCGAAUAGCUUCAGCAUCACAGAAGAUCCACGUGGCGAUACACUGAAGCGUGGCUCCAUCAUCUCCUUGUACCUUAAGGAUGAGGCUCAAGACUUUUUGGAGGAGGACACCGUGCGCGAUCUAAUUCGCAAGUAUUCGCAGUUCAUCAACUUCCCAAUCAUGAUGUGGUCCAGCAAGACUGUGGAUGAGGAAGUGCCCAUUGAAGAUGAAGUUACGGAGACCAAGAAGACCGAAGAUGAUGUCGAGGAUGCCGAUGAUGAUGUCAAGGUUGAGGAGGACACCGACGAGGGCAAGCCCAAGACCAAGAAGGUGUCGAAGACCAUCUGGGAUUGGCUGCUGAUCAACGACAGCAAACCGAUCUGGACACGCAAACCCGCCGAUGUCACCGACGAGGAAUACAACGCAUUCUACAAGAGUCUCACAAAGGAUUCGAGCGAACCUCUCAUCCAAACGCAUUUCGUUGCUGAGGGCGAGGUCACCUUCAAGAGUUUACUGUACAUCCCAAAGAUUCAGCCAUCCGAAUCCUUCAAUCGCUACGGCACCAAAUCGGACAACAUUAAGCUGUACGUGCGUCGUGUCUUUAUUACGGAUGAGUUCAACGAUAUGAUGCCCAACUAUUUGAGCUUCAUUCGUGGCGUCGUCGACUCCGAUGACCUGCCCCUGAAUGUGUCCCGCGAAACCCUGCAGCAGCACAAACUGAUCAAGGUGAUCAAGAAGAAGCUGGUACGCAAAGUGCUCGACAUGAUCAAGAAGAUUGACAAGGCCGCAUACGAGAAGUUCUGGAAGGAGUUCUCUACCAACAUUAAAUUGGGCGUCAUGGAGGAUCCCAGCAAUCGUUCACGUUUGGCCAAGCUGCUGCGCUUCCAGACAUCCAAUGGCAAGGGCGUCACCUCGCUGGCCGAGUACGUGGAGCGUAUGAAGUCCAAGCAGGAGCACAUCUAUUAUAUUGCUGGUGCCAAUCGUGCCGAAGUCGAGAAGUCGCCGUUCGUUGAGCGUCUGCUGAGCAAGGGCUAUGAGGUGCUCUACCUCGUCGAGGCCGUUGACGAAUACUGCAUCUCGGCGCUGCCCGAAUUUGAUGGCAAGAAAUUCCAAAAUGUUGCCAAGGAGGGAUUCAAGCUAAACGAGUCGGAGAAGAGCAAAGAGAAGUUUGAGGCAUUAAAGAGCGCUUUCGAGCCUCUGCUUAAAUGGCUGAGCGAGGUGGCUCUCAAGGAUGAGAUCUCCAAGGCUCAUGUGUCGGAGCGUCUAAGCAACUCACCCUGCGCUCUGGUGGCCAGCAUAUAUGGUUGGACCGGCAAUAUGGAGCGUCUGGCCAUGUCAAAUGCCCAUCAAAAGGCCGAUGAUCCGCAACGUAGCUACUACCUCAACCAGAAGAAGACACUGGAGAUUAAUCCACGGCAUCCGCUAAUGCGUGAGCUGUUGCGUCGCGUCGAAGCCGAUGAGGCCGAUGACACCGCCAAGGAUAUGGCCGUCAUGAUGUUCCGCACGUCCACACUGCGUUCCGGUUACAUGCUGCAGGAGACUGCUAGCUUUGCCGACAGCAUCGAGCGAAUGAUGCGCCAAACUUUGGGCGUUGCACAGGACGAACAAAUCGAGUUCGAUGAGGACGACGAUGAUGGCGAUGACACACAGACGGGCAGCAGUGAGAAGAGCCCGAUUGCCGACGAGGACGAUGAGGAGCAACAGCAUGAUGAGCUCUAAGCUCCAAGUCCACACAACCCACAUGACCAACCAUCACCAUUUACAACUAUUUGAAUUGUGUAAAUAUGCGUUUUGUGGCAGACAGACAGACUGAGUUCAUUCACACUACCGUUGCAUCAACAGUACUUCUUUCUAGGCACCUGUUUAGUUUUAAGUAAGCCAAUUUCAAUUUCAUUAUACAAUUACAAAAAAAAACCAAACCGGAAGGGCUUUCUGCGACAGCUCCGUUUGUUCAAAUAAAUAUGAAAUUGAAUUUUAAUUAAAUAAUUGCGAUAUACAUAUAUAUAUAUAAUACGUGUACACACAGAUUCCAAAUAAAAGAAAUUGUAAAAGAAUAAAUGGAAUUUGUUGUGGCCA